ACGAAUGUUGAUCUUGUCUGAUAAUCAUCUAGGUGGUACCAUUCCACCCUCUAUUUGUGAAAUUCCGUUGUGGAUCAUUUCUCUAAGUAACAAUCAGCUAUCUGGAGAGUUCCCUCGAGCAUGGAGUUUGUGGACCGAAAUCGAUGUUGUGGAUGUCUCAAGAAACAAUCUCUCUGGUUGAGUAGACUUGAUCUCGGAGACAACAAGUUUUAUGGAAAUCUACCUUCAUGGAUAGGAUCAAAGGUGACACUGCGUAUACUACGAUUGCGCACAAACUCUUUCAGUGGUCACAUUCCCCAUCACCUGUGCAAUCUUAUUGGUCUCCAUGUCCUAGACCUUGCUCAGAACAACUUUACAGGUACCAUUCCAAAGUGUUUGGAUAAUAUGACUUCCAUGGGUAGUGAAGAUCCCAUUGAUACUUGGGAUUUCUACGAUUUUGUUGAGCAAACAACAAUAAUAUCAAAAGGAAGAGAACUCGAAUACUCUUCCAAUCUAGAGUUGGUGAAGAGUAUUGACCUGUCCUCAAAUAACUUGGAAGGUGAAAUUCCUGAUGAAAUAUGCAGUCUCAUAGCACUGAGUACCUUGAACUUGUCGUGGAAUCAUUUACAUGGAAAUAUUCCAUCAAACAUUGGAAAAUUGAGUUCGCUGGAAACACUUGACCUCUCAAACAAUCACCUUUUUGGAGAUAUUCCUCAAAGCUUGUCAUCUUUGAACUACUUGUCUCACUUGAACUUGUCUUGUAACAACUUUUCUGGAAGAAUUCCUUCGGGCAAUCAGCUCCGAACACUGGUCAAUCCAUCCAUUUAUGAGGGCAAUCCAUCAUUGUGCGGCAUUCCUCUUUCAACCAAGUGCCCUGGAGAUGACGAACCUACUAGCACUGGAAAACUUCCUGCCCAAGAAAAUGAUGAUGAAGAUGGCAAUGGAAAGCUUGGUCUCUAUGUUAGCGUCGUGCUUGGCUUUAUCAUAGGCUUCUGGGGUGUUUGUGGCACAUUACUUAUGAAGAAAUCAUGGAGGCAUGCCUAUUUUCGGUUCUUCGACAACAUCAAAGAAAAGAUAAUAGUGGCAAUUGCAGUGAAAGUAGCUCAUCUCCGAGGGCACCUUUGAGUGGAAAGAAAACACUUAGUAAUUGGUGUGUUCUACUGUUGUUUAAUAUGAACGAUGCAAACUCAAUUUGUUUUCUUUUCUCUGUAUCCCAUCUGCUGUAACAUGAUUCAAUAAGAUGAUCACAUAGCAACUUGAAAUAAAAAUGAAUGUUCUAUUGGUUCCG